UAAAUGUAAACAACACAAAAUGUUUAUUUUGACCGGAAAAGUAGGCGAAUCCGGUGAUGGCGAUGGCAACGCAACCAAGGGAACCCUGUAUCCUUCGAUCAAACUUUUCCAGCCACACGACAAACCCCCUUGAUUCCGGGAAGAGUUGUCUUCUCAGACAGCGCACAAAGCUAUAUCCACAAAGAUUUUGAUCUGGCAUAUGUAUAUAUUUUAAACAAUGGACGACAACGAUGAUGAGGUGGAGGAGCACCAGGAGCUGGAUCUGAUAAGCGACGUCAGCGCCGAGGAGGAGGAGGCAGUGGAGGCCGACCUUGGCCCGGUGGACAGCUGGGAGUCCUUCAACGAUCGCAUCGAUGGAAUGAUCUUCAACGAGCACUGUGACAAGCCGGUGAAGAAGUUGGACGAGCGCCGGCUGGCGAUACUCAACCGGGUGCGUCAGCAGUUCCACGAGGCGCCCAAGGGACUCGCGGAUCGGUGUCAGGCUCAGAAGUCGCCCAUCGACCAGCAGCUGGAGCUGUCCGGCGAGCGCCUGAACGAACUGGUCCGCUUCGGCAACGAACUGGUGACCAAUGUGCGGGUGGCCAACGAGCGGCGGGAGCUGAAUCGCCGGUUCUUCGAGGCCACGCAGAAGACCCAGGUGCAGACGAAGCUGCAGCGCGAGAGCACGGAGACAAUGGCCCGUUUCGAGAACAUCAAGGCGCGCUGGACCGAGCUGGAGGAGACCAACGAGCCGAUGCUCCUCUGGGACCAAAUCGAGGAGCAAAAGAAACGCAUUGCCGAGAUAAUGGCCCGCAAGGAUGAGAUGAUAGCCACCUGCCAGCAGGAGGUGGAUCGCAUGAAUGCCAAGUACGAGUUCGAUCGCGAACGGCAGGCCCAGGAUCUGUGCUGCCUGGUGGAGCGCGUCGAUCACCUGGUGGAGACGCUGAAGGAGGCCUACAAGGAGCACCUGGAAAUGCUGCGCCACACCAUCGAGGAAGAGCGGCAGAUGUUCGCCGCCAAUGCGGUGGAAAAGUGGCGCACCUUUUUCGAUGCCAUGAACGCCAACUUCGAUGAGAAGGCCAAUUUGGUGAAGACGCGCGAGCAGUUCUAUGCCCGCCAGACGCAGCAGAUCAACGAGUCGCAGGAGGAGCUGACCAAAAGCACCCGGAUUCGGCUGGAGAAGGAGUGCGAACGACUAGAGCUAGAGCUUCGUCGCACGCGCGACAAUGUGCUGAUGAACUCCGAGAAGCUGGACUACAACUACCAGGUUCUGCAAAAGCGCAACGAGGAGAACGUGAUCAUCAACAACCAGCAGAAGCGAAGAGUGGCCCGCCUGCACGAGGCCAUUGGACACACCCGGCGUGGCCUGAAGAAUCUCUAUCUCAACGGCAAGCGGAGCAUAGCCCGUCUCUCGUCGGACAUCUACAAGCUGCACGCCAACAUCAACGACAUGGAGUCGAAGGCGCAUCAGGCGCGGCUAAAUAACCGCGAGAAAUUCGAUCGCAUCUGGGAGAUCAACUACAAGGAGCUAAACCUUCUGGUGGAUCGCGUCUACCACAUCGAUCGCAUCAUACACGAGCAGCAGCUGGCCAUGCCGUGGUCCAGCCCGGUGCCACCCAUUCCGAACAUCAACAAGUCCAAGAAGAAGCGCAAUAAUAUUCUGGAGAGGUUCGACAUGCGGAUUGGGCGAGUGCCCAAGAACCGGAUAAGGUCAAAGUCGGCCAUAAAGCACCGACCGGAUAUCAAGGAGCUGCCGCCAGAGUCGUUGCGCCUGAUGCGCAACCUCAUCCGCAAGCUAUCCGACCGCGGUGGUUUCCUGAUCGAGGAGCAACUUCUCAAGAUCCUGGAGCCCAACACAGUGGGGGAAAAGUGCCUGGUGCGCAUCGACAACAUAUUUGCGGCCCUGCGCAUCCGUCAUUUGCGGGAUGUCAAUGAGCUGACAAAGGUGUUCAUGCCAUACACCUACUGUCCCACCUGCCAGCCGCAGGGAUUGAGUCCGCUCAAGUGUGCCGAGGUGUUUAUGAAGGAUCAAAAGCCCAAUCGAUUGCAAACCCAGCCGAUGCAGGCACAUCAGGAACAGCAGGAGCAUCGGCCCACUGAGGAAGCGGAUGGGGAUCGAUUGGGGGAGCUAAAGGCCUUUCUAGCCAAGGGCGAGGAGUCGGCAAAGCGUUGCCCCAAUCACUACCUGGUCAUGGAACCAGCUCUAUGCCUGCACGCCAUGAAUCUCUUCACCUCCAAGAUGCACAAACAGAUGUACGAACACGAACAGAGCAGCGUUCACAAUGCCGUCAAUCUCAUCCAGAUCACGGACACUGAAAUCCGUGACUUCUGGCGUCAGUUCUCCGCCUGUUUCCCGGCCUCCAAGUGCAAGCUAUGGAAGACACUGGAGCACGGCCUGAAUCACUAUGUGGAGGUGCUCAAGAUGCGCGUACAGUACGACGCGGAGGUCGUGUUCCUGCGCCGCCAGAACGAGGAGUUGCGCCACCUGCUCCAGAAGUUCACCGUCUAGCUACGAUUCGCACUAAGGUCUAGUCUUAGCUGCAUAUCGAAUUUCACUGAGAAAUCCCAAUCAAUUAUUGUUCAAAUCCAUCCAAACAUGAUAAAUUUUAAUUGUGCCUAGUCUUGCUCUUUGACAUUGCUAUCGAUCGAAUCAGUCCAGAGACGUGGAAUAAAGGGCACCAUUUUAAAGAACAACACAUAAGCAUUUUGGGAUUACUUAAUAAAAUUUUAAAUUGAA